AUGGCCACCCAACCCCCAGACUACCACCUCAUCGGGCUAUACACCCGCUACUCUACCCCUCCCCAACUAGGCUGGACCGCACGCGUCGAAGCAGUACUGGAAUACUUCCAGAUUCCCCACACGCGUCAAUUUAUACAGCUCUCCGAGACAAAAGCCUAUUCCCCAACAGGCCUCGUCCCAAUCCUACAAUGCCACUCUCUCCCCUCAGCAACAAUAACAGACUCCCUCGCCAUCUGCGAAUUCCUCGCUGAAUCAAACCCAACCCUUCCCCUCUGGCCUAAGGACCGUCUCUUGCGCGCCCUAGCCCGCAGCGCCGCUGCCCAGAUGCAUUCCGGCUUCCCAGUCCUGCGCAAUAACUUCCACACAAAUUUCCUCGCCAGAUACACGGGCAACGUGCCGAUCCCGGAUGGCGCGGCUGCGGAGAUAGCGCGCAUGUUCCGGAUCUGGGAUUCGGCGCGGAAGGCGACGACUGAGCGGCUUGCGGUGCUGGGAGAGAGUGAUGAAGGGUUUUUGUUUGGUGGGUUUAGUAUUGCGGAUGCCUUCUUUUGGCCAAUUCUUUGGCGAUUCCGCACUUAUGGCCUCCCGCUAGAGGGUGCUGGGCCUGAUGCCCUGGCAUGGAUGGCGAAGAUGUGGAGUGAUCCGGUAUUCAAGGCGUUGGGGGAUAGGUACUAUGCGCAGGCUGAGGAUCCACAGACUUGUAUUGCGCAUUAUGAUGAUAUCUUCCAGGACAGGGAUGAUGUGCAGUAUGGGCUGUUUCCGAGGGAUUGGACUUUCUCGGGUUCUGGGUGA